GUCUCUGGGGUGUAUUUUGUACGAGAUGUGCUGUAUGAAUCAUGCCUUCAGUGGGCACAAUUUUUUGUCUGUGGUGUUAAAAAUCGUAGAGGGUGAUACCCCUUCCCUUCCUGAUAGAUAUCCAAGCAAGCUGAAUGCUGUGCUGUGCAGCAUGUUAAAUAAGAACCCUUCAUUGAGACCAACAGCAGCAGAGAUCCUUAAAAUCCCUUAUAUUGAUGAACAACUAAAGAAUAUACAGUUGAAGUUCACAAACAUGACUGUGAAAAACAAGGCACUGAACUGGCAGAAAGAAGCUGCUCCCAUUUUUGAUUCUGUGCAGAGGAAAGUUCAUCUGCAAACUCUGCAGGAUCUGUCUGAAGUACAGAAGAUGACACCGCGGGAACGUAUGAGGCUGAGGAAGUUAAAUGCUACCAAUGAGAAAGCAAAGAAGUUGAAACAGCUGGCAGAGGAAAAAUACCAAGAAAAUAUAAAGAAAAUGCAAGAAUUCAGGUCCUGUAAUUUUCAGCAGCUGAAUGUCAAUGAUGUCCUACAUGAAUCUUAUGGGCAGACUUCAGAACUUCCAAUUCAUUCUCAACCAGUCAUGACAUGCAACUAUGCAUCCCUAGGACAUGAUGAACCAAGUGGAAAUAGGUCAAGUCAACUCUGCAUGUCUGAAUUUACAGACCAUGAAAUCCCAGAAGACCCAGCAAUAGCAGAAGAAUAUUAUGAUGAAGAGUUUGAAUCCUGUUCAGAAAGCAGUGAAGAGGAGGAGGAUGAGGAAGCGUCAGAAACUGUCUCUAAGCCUAAUCACCAGGACAGUGAUGUCGAGGCAAUGGUCAAGUAUUUGGAGAGUGUCCUGAAUAGUAGCUCAUUGGGCUCGGGAACUGUCACCAGAGUGUCUCCAGUGGUGCCCCAGGGAUCCAGGGCUCUCAACAGCACUAUGGCUGAGACCAAACUGAAACACAUGAGGGAGUAA